AUGCCACAACCAGCUACCUCAGUGGAUUUUUCUAAUCUGCUGAACCCCCGGAACAACCACAGCACUACCACCGCUACUCCGUCCACCCCUGGGGACGCCUCCAAGACCCCCUCCACUCCCACAAGUGCUCAGUCAACUUCCUCAAUGGCCUCUUCGGUGAGCCUGCUGCCUCCCCUCAUGAAGGGGGCGCGUCCCGCAACAGAGGAAGCUCGCCAGGAUCUUCCCCGACCGUACAAAUGCCCCCUGUGUGAUCGCGCUUUUCACCGUCUGGAACAUCAAACCAGACACAUCCGCACACACACAGGUGAGAAGCCGCACGCAUGUCAGUUCCCCGGCUGCACGAAGCGCUUCAGUCGCUCCGAUGAACUCACUCGCCACUCGCGAAUCCACAACAACCCGAACUCGAGACGGGGCAACAAGGCUCAGCAUCUAGCGGCUGCUGCGGCUGCCGCCAACCAGGAUAGCAAUACCAUGGCCAAUAGUAAUGCUGGAUCGAUGAUGCCUCCUCCUAGCAAACCCAUCACCCGCUCUGCGCCCGUCUCGCAGGUUGGAUCUCCGGACAUCUCGCCUCCACACUCUUUCUCCAACUACGCCGGUCACAUGCGCUCGAAUCUGGGGCCUUACUCUCGUAACAGCGACCGUGCCUCAUCUGGCAUUGACAUCAACCUGCUUGCUACUGCUGCUUCGCAGGUGGAGCGCGAUGAACACUACGGAUUCCACGCCGGUCAGCGUAGCCACCUGUUUAGCUCUCGUCAUCACGGGAACAACCGUCUGCCUUCCCUCAGUGCUUAUGCGAUCUCACACAGCAUGAGCCGCUCGCACUCUCACGACGACGAGGAUGGCUAUUCCCAUCGUGUCAAGCGCUCUAGGCCUAACUCGCCUAACUCGACCGCUCCUUCUUCACCCACCUUCUCCCAUGACUCUCUCUCCCCCACCCCCGACCACACUCCUCUGGCUACUCCUGCACACUCGCCACGACUGAAACCUCUGGGCGCUAGCGAACUGCACCUGCCUUCGAUUCGCCACCUGUCCCUUCACCACACUCCUGCUCUGGCCCCCAUGGAGCCCCAGCCCGACGGCCCCAACUACUACAGCCCCACCCAGGCUCAUGUUGGCCCCAGCAUCAGCGAUAUCAUGUCGCGACCCGACGGAACACAGAGGAAGCUUCCUGUUCCUCAAGUACCCAAAGUGGCAGUGCAGGAUAUGUUAAAUCCCACGUCUGGAUUUACAUCGGUUUCGUCGUCAAGCAGCAACUCCAUUGCAGGCGGUGAUCUGGCGGACCGUUUCUAG